AUGGCUCGGAGAGAGUGGAAUUUUGCAGAAGAAUUUUCUGAUGAGAAUGAUAUAAAAUCAUUUAUAAAACAAAAUAAUGUUUCAAUAAAACGAACCGAAACAAUAGCUCUUGGAAAAAAAGUAACAUAUCGAUGUACCCAAGCUAGAAAAUAUCCUGAAUGCGAUUUUCAAACUCGUGUGAUCUAUUACAAUGAUAAAAAAAUUGCUGUGUCAACGUCUAGUGAACAUAAUCAUGAUAAUUGUGGUAGUACAGCUCGCGUUCAAUCAUCUGUUAGAGAUAUUAUCAAAAGAUCAGUAGCAGCUGGACUAACUCAAUCUCAAACACGUCAUGUUGUACAAAAUGAAUGGCGUUGGCAUGCUGAUUCACAUGUUUUUCCUUCAACAUUUAAUCUCCAAUACAAUUCUAUAUUAUGGUUACAAGAAUAUUUUACGUUACCAUGGACACAAUCGGACAAUUUUUCUCAAUAG